AUGCCAGGAGACAGCGGCGAACUCCUCCCACUGCCGUCACCGCAUACCGUCCAAUCCACUCUGACGUGGCGGGCAAGCUGGGGCUGCAGGGGCGCCCACACCCACCCCGAGCGCAGCCCCCGCGUCGGAGGCAUGAGCUCGCACGAGCCCCCACCCGCGGCCCCUGCCGAGCCCCCGGGGGUCUACGCGCGCUGCUCUUGGCCACCGGCGGCGCGGGGGGCUCGUGGCCCCGCUGCGUCCUGCCCUUGGCGCCGUGGCUCUCCUUGCUGGCGCCUCUGCCACGGCCAUCACCUUCUCGCUGCGCGGACCCCGCCUGGACCUGGCCCAGAGCGCGUCGCUGGCCGCACUCGGCGCGGGCCUCGGGCUCCUGGCCGCCGCCUUCCUGUGCUGGCGCGCUCGGCGGCGGCGGAGGGCCAUGCGCGGGGGGCGGCAGGAGCCGGGGACGCCCUGAGCCCGCGCGCCAAUCCCUCUGCCCUGCGAGGUCACGGCGAGCCGGCGCCUCCUCCCUUCGGACCUCGCCCCAGCCGGCUGGCGCAGUGCGUGCGGCUCGCGUCCAGCACGUGCGGGCGGCCGGCCACGCGGGCCUGCGACGCCUCCGAUCCGCGGCGGGCACACCCUGCCAGCCUCCUAACCUCCGCAGGGGGGCACCACAAGCCCUCUUGCUGGCGUUCGGACUCGCUAACGCAGGUGCCCCUCAACGUGACCCUCACAGUGCCCCUGGGCAAGGCUUUUGAGCUGGUGUUCGUGAGCUUGCGCUUCUGCUCGCCACCCCCAACCUCCGUGGCCCUGCUCAAGUCUCAGGACCAUGGCCGAAGCUGGGCUCCACUGGGCUUCUUCUCCUCCUGCUGUGGCCUGGAUUACGGCCGCCUGCCUGCCCCUGCUAAUGGCCCAGCUGGCCCGGGGCCUGAAGCCCUGUGCUUCCCUGAGCCCCAGGCCCAGCCUGACGGUGGUGGCCUUCUGGCCUUCAGCGUGCAGGAUGGCAGCCCGCCAGGCCUGGAUCUGGACAGCAGCCCAGUGCUCCAAGACUGGGUGACCGCCACAGACAUUCAAAUAGUGCUCACAAGGCCUACCAUGCUGGGGGACACCAGAGACUCCACAGCCAUGGUCCCUUACUCCUACUCUGCCACUGAGCUCCAGGUGGGUGGGCGCUGUAAGUGCAAUGGGCAUGCCUCCAGGUGCCUGCUGGACCCCCAGGGCCAUCUGAUCUGCGACUGCCGGCAUGGCACCGAGGGCCCGGACUGCAGCCGCUGCAAGCCCUUCUACUGCGACAGGCCAUGGCAGCGGGCCACUGCCCGGGAAGCCCACGCCUGCCUUGCUUGCUCCUGCAAUGGCCAUGCCCGCCGCUGCCGCUUCAACAUGGAGCUGUACCGACUGUCUGGCCGCCGCAGUGGCGGUGUCUGCCUCAACUGCCGGCACAAUACUGCUGGCCGGCACUGCCACUACUGCCGGGAGGGCUUCUAUAGAGACCUGGGCCGUGCCCUGAGUGACCGCCGAGCUUGCAGGGCCUGUGACUGUCACCCUGUUGGUGCUGCUGGCAAAACCUGCAACCAGACCACAGGCCAGUGUCCCUGCAAGGAUGGCGUCACUGGCCUCACCUGCAACCGCUGUGCCCCUGGCUUCCAGCAGAGCCGCUCUCCAGUAGCACCCUGCGUUAAGACCCCUGUCCCUGGACCCACUGAGGAGAGCAGCCCUGUGGACCCCCAGGACUGCGACUUGCACUGCAAACCCGCCCGUGGCAGCUACCGCAUCAGCCUGAAGAAGUUCUGCAGGAAGGACUACGGUAGGCUGCCCUGAGGCCUCCUGCCCUCGGACCUCCUCACCUUGCCCUCACUUUCCCUCUGGAUACCCUGACCCUAGCUGGACCCCAAGGCCAUACCACACCCCUCUGGUCCUCCGCUGUCCCUGUCACCGCCGUGUCAGCCCCCCGUGGCCUCCGUGUGCUCGCGAUGCUACGUGUCCCCUGUGGGUUCCUCCUCCGCGCCCCUCCCAC